UGCAGUGAGAAGGGGCGGCACGCAGCGCGGGCUGGACGCGGGCGGCCCCCUGGUCGCGCCCACCCGCCGGGCUAACGUGCCACCGCGCGGGGCUCUGGGCUGGCGUCCACGGAAGAAACCAGACCGCUCCCGCCUGCGCGCCGGCUCCGAGGAAGGGGCGUGUAGCUCGGCUUGGGCGAGGAGGAGGGAAACUUGGCCUCGCAGCCUCGCCCGACGAGGUCGGGCGGCGGGGACCUGCCCUUGGGCGGCGGGCUAGCCCGCCGGCUGAAGUCGGGGAGGCUCGAGAAGAAGUGAGCGCAGAGCCGUCCACGAGCUAGAGAAAUCGGCUUAAAAAGAAAUGUACAAAGCGAUCCAAGGCCGCUGCGGGAGUCCGGCAGCUUAGAAGCCACCCCCCGCGCACCAGGAGGACUGCAGCGACUCGCCCUCCCGAAGACGAGGCGCUCCUGGGCGGCCGCGGGUCUGCGCGGAGGAGCCGCCUCCCCAGCGUGGGGCGCGCAUUCAGACGCCGGCGGCGGCCAGAAGCCGAGAUGCGGCGCGGGGCUCCCGGCCGGUCCCGGGCCAGCAAAGUCGGGGGCGGCCCCGCGCGCCGCUGACCCCGCGCGAGUCCGAGGGCUGUGCCGGCCCCGCCCGCCUCCGCCCCCUCCCGCGCCCGCCGCGCGCCCCUCCCCGCGGCGGCAGCGGCGGCGGCGGCGCAUCCAGGGGCGGCGCGGAGCGGCUCGCCCAGCCGCCAGAGCCUGCGAGCUCCAGGCUGCUUGGGGAAUUCACUUUGCCGCUUGGACGCUUCUCCAUCCUAGGGCUUCUCCUGGUGGCUCUCCGGUUUCGACGCUCCCCUUUUCCUUUGGACGGAAAACUUCGCUGCUGUUUCUUUUUCCCCUUGGAGGACAGGAUUAAAAGUUCCCAGAACUGGUGCCGCCCGUGCCGCUCGGGCGCUGGAACAGCUCUUGUCCGUGGGGUUCCAGGGCCACCAUGUGCACCAACAUAGUUUACGAGUGGCUGAAAGCACUGCAGCUCCCGCAGUACGCCGAGUCCUUCGUGGAUAACGGCUACGAUGAUCUGGAGGUGUGCAAGCAGAUCGGGGACCCGGACCUGGACGCCAUCGGGGUGCUGGCGCCCGCGCACCGCCGCCGCAUCCUGGAGGCCGUGCGCCGGCUGCGGGAGCAGGACGCCGCCGCCGCCGGCCUCUACUUCACGCUGGAGCCGCAGCCGCCGCCCGCUGUCGCCGUCCCCACCGGCCGCCGGGGGGAGCCGUGCGGCGGCCCGACCCCGGGCCCCCGCGGGGACCCCCGCGGCCAGACGGCCGCCCCCCGCAGCAGGGAGCUGGUGAGCUACCCCAAACUGAAGCUGAAGAUCAUGAUCAGGGAUAAGCUCGUCCGCGACGGCAUCCACCUGAGCAAGCCCCCGUACUCCCGCAAGGUCCCAAUGGCUGGCAUCCUAGAGUACUUAAUGAAUUGGCCGAAGUCAUCACAGAACCGCUAGAUAUCAUUUUUGAGAACUCGUGGAGGACUCAUGAGGUGCCUGAAGACUGGAAAUGGGCAUAUUUAGAAACUUCUUUCAAAAAGGGAAAUGGAUGAUGACCCUGGAAAUACUCAACAGCUUAACUUUUUGCUUGGAAAAAUUCUGGAAUAACCAACUUAGUACACUGGGUAACUAACUUAUAAUAGCUAGAAACAAGGCAUAUUUCAUACAUGAAGAGGUAUUGGGUUUGGUUUUGAGAUCAGGUCUUGUGCCUGUUUUGGGGAUCCUCCCCUCCAUUCUCUGAAUUCUUGAUGGCUAAGGAGUUUGGGUGAUAACUAAUUUUAAGUGUAAUUCAAGACAAAAGUAGGUUUCUGGCAUUGGCUCAUUAUGUCAUUUCCAUAUGAGCCUUUAACUUGAGAAUUAGGGCCUUUACUUUAUAUUUUAGCAUACAUCUUUUUUUUUUUUUUUUUUUCCACUCCAUAUAUGACUGUGUUUUCAUGGGUUGAGAUAUUUUAUAUGAUUCUCUAUAGAAUAGUUUGGUGACAGAACUCUUAUUUUAAGGUGCUUUACAUAGUUAUUUCGUAUAUAGGUAGGAUCAUAGAGCUGAUGAAUUGAGGAACAUUGGCAAGGGGAAAGAGUUUGUUCUGAUUUCUAGCAUUUAAUUUAGCCUGAAGUGUAGUGUUAAGACCAGGAAUGGUAUCUUGCUCUCACAGACAGCUGAGCAAGAUCAGCUGUGUAACUUGAUCUCUCUAGUUUUCCUCACUCCUUGGGGACUGUCAUGGCCAUUGCUGUUCUCCAUCCCCCCUCCCCCCACCCCAAUCAGGUUUCUGAUGUCAGGCCCAUGGGGGCAGGGAGGUCGGCAGUGGCAGCCAUUAAGAGCCCUGCAUAACACAGCCCAAAAGGAGAGUAGAAUAGAGUGGGGGAAGGACAUCAAGACACAUCUGGAGUCUUUCUAAUUCUUACUGUGCCUGCCUUUGGCUGUGGGUAGUUUUAUUUCCUGCUUAGGAAAUGUAGCCAUGUUGAUGGGACCAAAAAAGUAAUUGAAAGGAAAUUAUCAAAGAAGGUCCAGGUAUUCCACAGGCUGUGGGGGAUGGGGGCAGGGGAGCACGGCUAGGCAGCUUCAGAGAGCCCAUGAGCCAUUGGUCCUGUUACAGAAUCUUUCCUGCACUACUUGGAAGUACACGCGAUCUGCUAAAGUUUACCUCAGUAUUGCGAAGCUCAAGACUAGGAAGCUCCCAAAGGAGAAGUAUCUUACGUGCAUUUUCUUCCUGGUGCGUGCUAGUCUCUAGGUGAGCAGUUUAGGUCUCCAAGGUCUUUAAAAAUGUAAGAUUUACCUAGUUUAUCUACUUCUAGAGAUUAAUUUUGAUACCAUAAAAUCUCAUUCUUAAAUGCAAAUACAAGGAAAUGAAGCUUGCAAGAAUGUGUAAAUGGUCCUUUAAACUGUAUGUAGCUUGCAGAUAAGUAAGGAUUAGACUCCAAUCAACUUUUCUUUUUUUUUUUUUAAUUUUUAAAUUUUUUUCAAGUGAACCAGAGUCUUUCAGAUUUCCAGGCUGGAUUUUUCUCUCUCUCUUUCUUUCU